AUGAAGAAAUUAAUCCUCCUGAGUCUUUAUCUGCUUGGGUUUGCCAGAGGAGCACCACCAGGUCAGCCUGAUGAGCUUUUUGACUCUGUAGACGGCCAAGCUUCUGUCCAGCAACUUUCAAGUGAGUAUUUCUCACUCACAAACCCGUCAGAUGCCGAAUCUCUAUAUGAAACCCCCUCAGGUGAGAAAACUCUGAUCGAUCAUAGUUCAAGCGAACAUGAAUCAAGUGAGCAUUCUACAGGCGAACACGUUUCAGGUGAGCACAGUUCGGGAGAACAGUCUUCAGAACAUAUUUCAGGUGAGCACAUGUCAAGCGAGCAUAAUACAGGAGAGCACAUUACAGGAGAGCACACUUCAGGUGAGCACACUUCGGGCGAGCACACUUCAGGCGAGCACACUUCAAGCGAAGGUUCGGAACAGUCAAGUGAACAGACUUCAGAAGUGUCUUCAGCUGAACAAGUUUCAGGAGAAAAGGCUGAAGAGGCGGGUGAACAGGCUGCUGCCGAAGCAACUUCAGGUGAAAAGAACGAACAGGGUAUGAGUACACCAUUUCCAAGCACAUCUUCAGGCGUAGCAAUAAAUUGCCACACAUGUUCCUACAUGAACGAUGAUGGAAAAUGUCUUCGUGGAGAAGGAGUAUGCACCACUCAAAAUUCCCAGCAGUGCAUGUUAAAGAAGAUCUUUGAAGGUGGAAAACUCCAGUUCAUGGUUCAAGGGUGUGAGAACAUGUGCCCAUCUAUGAAUCUCUUCUCUCACGGAACAAGAAUGCAAAUUAUGUGCUGUCGGAAUGAACCUCUCUGCAACAAGACCUAG